UAUUUUGGGCUGAUACAGACAUUAAUUUAAUUCAUUGAGCCCAAAUCAUUUCAAUGCUCAAGUCGAGUCAACACAGGAGAACGAAACGGGCGUCCGUCGAAACGUCACCUCCCCACCAGCGUUCAGCUACUCGAAACGUUUCUCCCGUUGCCCUUGCUGAUCAUCGGCGGCCGGUGGAAACGAGGCGCGAAACCCUAUCGAGCGCCUCUCUGUGUGCCUGCCUUCUUCUUCUUCCCUCGGAUCCGCCGUUCAGAAGCCGAGGAGCCCACCGCGACGGCGGAAUGUACGGAGAGGGUAAAGGGCGGGAGCCGUCGGACUUGGAGCGGACCGCUUUCAGGAAGGCGGAGAAGAAGUACAAGCUCUACUACGACGAUUCCUUCAAGUCCUCGAAGAAGAAGAAGCAGCCGAAACCCGUGGACCUGUCGGAGGUGCUCGAUUUCAAGGCCAUUUUGGGCUCAUUCCGUCGGAACGGAGCACUCCCUCCGGGAGUUGCGGCACUUAGUAGCGGUUUCGACUGUCCUGUCUUCUGCUUAGACAAUCGACCUGGAUUCUACUUUAUUCCCGGGGCGUUGAGUAUCGAAGAACAAUGCCAUUGGAUCAGGGAGAGCUUAACUAGUUUCCCGCAGCCGCCCAAUAGAACGAAUCACAAUGCAAUAUACGGGCCUAUUCAUGGGCUAUUCGCAGCAGCAACAGAAAGAAAAGUCCUGGUCGAGGAGGGGAGUCCAGUUGCCAGUUUGGGUUCAGAAUUUGACUGUUUCGAGAGCGAAGAAAGUGUUCAGCGAUGGAAAUUUUCGGAAGAAAACUCUGUGCCAUCGAGAGGACAUGGAGGCAAGUCCAUUUCAGCCUCGGUCCUUUUGCGGAAACUGCGCUGGAGCACCCUUGGUCUCCAGUUUGAUUGGUCCAAGCGGAACUACGAUGUGUCCCUCCCACAUAAUAAGAUUCCUGAUGCCCUCUGUCAACUGGCUAAACGAAUGGCUGCUCCUACCAUGCCCAAGGGGAAAGAAUUUAAGCCUGAAGCUGCAAUAGUGAAUUACUUCGGUUCAGGUGAUACGUUAGGGGGGCAUCUUGAUGAUAUGGAAGCUGAUUGGAGUAAGCCCAUUGUAAGCAUGAGCCUCGGUUGCAAAGCCAUCUUUCUGUUGGGAGGGAAAUCUAGAGACGAUGCACCAGUAGCAAUGUUUCUUCGGAGUGGUGACAUUGUUCUUAUGGCAGGAGAAGCGAGGGAGUGUUUUCAUGGUGUGCCUCGGAUAUUUACUGACAAAGAAAAUGCUGAAAUCGAUCCUCUUGAAUCGCAUUUUUGGCACAAAGACGAUCACUUCUUGGACUAUAUCAAAAGUUCCAGAAUCAACAUCAACAUCCGACAAGUCUUCUGAUGUGUUAGUGACUAAGUUCAACCCGAUUUAGAUUUAUUAAUUCUUUGAGCUCCAUUGGCUUUUCUUCUCAAGCAGCCACCUCAAGAAUUGAGCAAAGCUAAACAAGCUGUUCAAACCUCACAAUUCGUUUAUUCUAGUUUGAGAAUUUUGCUCCUACCAAAAUUAGAGACGGGAAAAAUCGUGAAUGGAUUGAUAGAGAAGCACGUCUCCAUCAACCGAAGCACAUGAUGAAGGAAGAAUUUCUAACUGGUUAGAUUAGUUAAUGAGGAUUUUGGUAUUCAGGUUUUACCUGGCAUCCCUUUUCAGUUGGGUGUAUAAUAUUUGCUUCUCGUCCGUCCUUAUCCGUCCUUAUUUAUAUGGAUCAUUUAAGCGAA